GUAGGUAGAAGAAAUAGAAUCAAAAUGGAAGAGCUUCUUAAGAUGGUCGGAUCUUACCAACCUUUUUGAAGUCAAGAGUACAUAAUUUAUCAGAAGCUGUAGUACAGGGCUCUCAUUGAUAUGUUUUCCUUAAGAAGUAGAUGAGAAUGAAGAACAUUCACAUUUAGGUCAAAAUUUUAGAAAUUCUAUACUUGGUGCCAUGUUUACUAAUUACCUAUCAUAUCAUAGUAGAUAAUGAAUUACUUAGCUAUUUCAGUGUGUAUGUUUCCAAAUAGCUAUUGCCAAAAAUAUUGGAAACUUGUUUGUUCAAAAUAUUCUAUAAUUUGUAGCUUUAAGUGGAAGAAUGUGUGUUGUUAUUGUUUCUAAAUAUUGGAAACUUGUUUAAGUAACUUGGAUAUUGAUGUUCCUGAUAUAUUGAAUAAACAUACUAUUUGCUGCAACUGUUAUUCCAAGAGUCACCAAAGAAAGAAUCAUGUCUACCUCUAAAAGAGAGACGUGGACAAAGAGAUGAACAAUGCUCUUAUUGAUGCCUUUGUUCAUCAAGUAAGUGCGGGAAACAAACUAGGUGGGACCUUUACAUCAAUAGCAUACACCAAUAUAACAAAGGAGAUGUCCGAAAAGUUUCAAAGAUCUUUUGACAAGGAAAAGGUGAAAGAUAGAUGGAAAUUGGUGAAAAGAAAUUUUACUAAAUGUCAUGACAUUUUCAAUGGCAUGAGCGGUUUUGCUUGGAAAUCAGACACACAUAUGUGGGAUGCUUUACCUGAAGUUUGGAAAAAAUUAAUUGAGGCAAAACCUGAAGCUGCACAAUGGGUGAACAAACCUUUUGCCAAUUAUGACAAAUUGCUUAUUGCUUGUGGAGAUGGAGAUGAAAGGGCCACUGGAGGAAAGGUUAUGAAUGAUGAAGAUAUUCGCCAAAAUCAUCCCCUCAAUCGUGAGUCAGAAUCCAUUGGUACUAGUGACCAGGUGACACUGGAGAGUUUGCAAGAGGGCGGCAAUGAGCAGGAUGUUACUUCUCCUGAGGUCCAAAUUCCCCCAGAACCUAGAGCCAAAAGAUCUAGAAAGUCCCGAGAUGAAGAUGAAGUUGAAGGGAUAAAAGCUGCCCUUUUGAACGUUGCUGAUGCUUUUAGAGAGAGUACUGCAUCUCAUGAUAAGUAUUUUAAAGACAGCAUUGCAGCUUAUGAGAAAGCUAAUUUAAAACCUCCAAUUUCAGAAGAAGAAGUUUUUAAACUUAUUGAGGAAUUGCAAGUGGAUAGUCAUAUGAUCAUUCGGGCAUAUUCUUAUCUUCUAGAGUUUCCUGAGAAGGUUAGAGCUUUACUUGGACUUCCAAAACACGCGGAAGAGUUUUCUAUUAGAAUCGAUGGUUGGUCAAGGUUACUCGUCAAGGUAAUCUCUACAUAUUGUUUUGGUCUCUAAUGAGGAUCUUGAAGUCCUAGAUUAUGAUAUUAGUAUAGAAUUUUGUAAUCUUGUAUUGGGAGUUAGUUACUAGCAUAUUUGACACAUCUGUCAUUUUUAUGUCAUGUAUUGAUAUAACAGGAUAUGUUGCAUUUUCA